AGAUGUACUUUGGUGACAACAACGACCUGCACUGUGAGACUGUCCCCUCGCUGAAGAUUUCCGACCCAUGGGAAGUUAGCCCAAACCUUCGACGACUGAGCACCUGUUCUUUCUCUCGUGUCCCGGUCAAAUCGUCACAGCCGCCAUCAACUACCGGACAUUCACUAAAUACUCUGGCCACUGGUCAAACUGUGGGGAUGGACGUUGGUGGCGGCGGCGUCGGGGAAUCCGUGCCAAAAGAAGGCGCGGCUGACAACACAGAAUGUGACUUGCAUUCGUCCCUACCAUCCAGCCCGUCCGUGAGGAUGAAGAUGAAGAACCUUGGCCUGUCAAACGUGGCUGGCAACCGGUUUCGACUGACGUUCGACGAGAUCUCUGAUGGAGCUGCCAACAGAAAUAUCGAGCUGCCUCUUGAGGUCACGCCACAGUCCCUCGGCUCUAAACGGCCAUCUUGUAUUCGUGGCGAACCGGACUUACCUCUUGAUGACGCUUUCUGUCAGCUUGCAUAUAACAGUGAUGUAUCGCAACCCACGGACACCACAGCCCGUGACAUGGCUAAUGGUGGUCCUGGAAUGUAUCCUUUCUCUACACAUGAAAGUCUACUCAACGACUCUUCGAGCCACUUCGUUCCUAUAGUAAAUGGCCCAUAUUCUUACAAUCCUCUGCCUUCGCCUCAUUCGCCCAAUCCAACACACGUGACCUCCAACCAACCAGAUCACGAAUUCGAUUCCUUGUUCCUCAACGUUCCAAGUGGCAGAGACCUCAAUCAGAACUGUGCCAGGGAUGACCACUCGAGCUCAAACAAAGUCCAGACACAACCCGACGGCGGAUAUCCAAAAGUGACCAUCUGUAUUUCAAACUCCCAACAGUCGCUGAUACCUUUCUCUUGCGAGAGUCCCACGUUUGAGCAAGCGCAUGACGACCAGCACCAAGUCAAUGAUUAUACCAACUACUACCAGAAUAACAACCACUACACGAAGGACGCGUGUCACGGGAGAUGUUCAGAUUCCACAGGCUACAACAACCUCGGGCAGCAGCAACACUUCCAUCAUUCCGACUACAGCGACGGGUUGUCCAGCGACGCGGAAGAAAUGAGACUUCUGUCCCUGCAGGACACACAGUUGCUGUUGCAGAAUCAGGAUACCAUGUCGGCGCCACCAAUACAAGACCUCUACAGAUAUCACGUGUUCUUCUCCCAUUGUCCCGAAGACAGGGAUUGGGUGGAACACAUUGUCGCUCACCUCGAAGCUCCGCCUUUCAACUAUACAUGUGCUUAUGCUUCUCUCCAAGACGAAGCCGACCCAGCCACUCUUCAGCAGCGGAUUCUGUGUGCAGCCAUGUUGAGUGAGAGGGUGGUUCUGGUGCUCAGCAAGAAGUACGUGGAGGACGUCUGGUCGUCCUUCGAGAAGACUCUGAAGCAGCUGACCAAGAUGAGCCUGCACAACCAGAGGAUCAUGGGAGUUCUACUAGAGGAUUGCGAGAUCCCAGAAUCCCUGGGAGAGCUCUACUUUUUGGACUCUUCAGAUCCGGAUUUCUUCCACGUGUUUGCCAAGCGGUUAAAAACUAGCCGAAUCCCCCGCAGCAGCGCCUCAGUGAGCAGUGACCUGGGACAGAACGCCAUCGCACCCUCAAGUGACCCUGUGACCUCCACAUCACAAAUUACAAACUUGAACAGCCCUGUGACCUCCACAUCACAAAUUACAAACUUAAACAGCCUUGUGACCUCCACAUCACAAAUUACAAACUUGAACAGCCCUGUGACCUCUACAUCACAAAUGUCUUUGGAACUCCUGCGUCAACUCGGUGUCAAAGGGGCAUGCUGGUUGCAGAAAAGGAUCUCUGUUCUUAGCAACAGCUGA